AUGUCACCCGUGGCGCCGGCACACCCGAGAAACGAGGAUAUGGAAAUGUGGCCAUGUAGCAAAAUCAAUAAGCGCGAGCAUUGGCGGCGGAAAAGUGGCAGUUACUGGCUGCGGAGUCCUGAUUUUUCGAGGCUCGAAUGCUGGAUUUCACCGGUGGCAGCGGUGGCUCUUGUGUGGAUGAUUAUUUGCGGCUCGCUGGUUGUGGCCAACUCCGUGCAUGCUGAUGGUCAUUGCAAUCAUCAGCAUCCGAAAGCGCAUGAGGUUAUCCACGGAGUACAGCUGGAACCUUUGCAUGUGAUUCGGAAACGUAGUAUCGAUCAACCACUUCGCAUACUGAUCGUGUACGAUGAGUCCGUUUACCGGCUGGAUACGGAUAAAUUUUCUCUUAUAAAUAACACCAUUCUACCAGAGGCGGUACGGUUUUGGGAGCAGGCCCUCAUGGUACGCCAGACGAAGGAGAUCAUAAGACUGAACCGAAAGUGUGAAAGCAGCCAAGUGUUUGUGAAAAAUUCAAUGACCUAUUGCAUCGAUUCCUGCAAGCAAGCAACCCUGUGCGGUGAGGUGCAAGUCCCACCAGAUCAUCUUGAUGUCUGUCGGGUUUGCAAUUCUACCGGACAGGACUGUCACGAGGACGCAAGCACGGUGGCUGGUCCGGGUAUUUCGAAUGCGGAUUUUGUGUUUUACGUGUCGGCGUUACAAUCGGAACGGUGCCAUAAAGGGCUGACUGUGGCAUACGCCGCACACUGUCAGCAGGAAGCUGCUCUCGAUCGCCCGAUCGCCGGCCAUGCCAAUCUAUGCCCGGACAGCAUCAGCACAAAACCACAGGAACUGCAGACGUUACUCUCGACGGUAAAGCACGAGAUCCUGCACGCGCUUGGGUUUUCCGUUAGCCUGUACGCGUUCUUUCGGAAUGACGAUGGCACUCCACGGACACCCCGGAAGCCUGACACCGGGAAACCAUAUUUGAACGAAAAGUUCCAGAUACACCAGUGGAGCAAUGAAACCAUUCGCAAGGUCGUUCGCACCGACUGGGCCGUGCGGGAUGGCACAAUAAUUCGUACGAUCGACAUGUUUGUGACACCGCGAGUUGUACGAGAAGUUCGCGAUCAUUUCAGCUGCCAGAAGCUGGAAGGUGCCGAACUGGAGGACCAAGGAGGCGAAGGAACGGCCCUAACCCACUGGGAAAAGCGAGUGCUGGAAAACGAAGCCAUGACGGGCACACACACGCAAAGUUCGGCCUUUUCGCGCAUAACCCUCGCACUGAUGGAGGACUCGGGAUGGUACAAGGCCAACUACAGCAUGGCAUCACCGUUGACAUGGGGUCGUGGACUUGGUUGUAAUUUUGCCAUGCGGAGUUGUAAGGACUGGAUCACUGCCAACACGUUAAGGGGUCGCUCGAUACAUCCGUUUUGUGCAAAGGUAAAACGCGAUCCACUGCAAACGGAAUGCACCGAUGAUCGAAGCUCGGUGGCGUUGUGCAACUUGGUACGCCACACUGCACCAUUAUCCCCGCAGUAUCAAAAUUUCGACUCCCUAGCACAUGUACCUGUAGGGGAGGAAGGCUACUAUGGAGGCUCUGUUUCGCUGGCCGAUCACUGCCCGUAUAUCCAGGAGUUUACUUGGCGAAGCAAAAAUGUGGUCGUACGAGGAUCACAGUGCCAGUUCGAAGAUAACAACCCAAAACCCGAGAAAAACUUUGCCCUUGAAUCCUAUGGGCCCACCUCCAAAUGCUUCGAUCACAGUGAGAACAUGUGGGAGGAGCGUUCUUGCCGACAAACGCGCGAAUGGCAGCACUGGGGUUCCGGCUGCUAUCAGUAUCGCUGCCAACAGGGCCGGUUGCAUAUUGUGAUCGCGAAUAAAUCGUACGAGUGCUACUUUGCCGGCCAAAAGCUUAAGGUACAGCUGAUGGCAGAGGGUUGGCUGCACCGUGGGGCCGUCGUAUGUCCUUCGUGCAAGGAGGUGUGCAACAGCGAAUUCGAACGGCGUGGUGAAAGGUGCAAGGUUAGCGAGGAUGCACCGCCUGACAGUUUCUAUCCUAGAGACGAUUUGAAAUGUAGUCGUGCUGCAACGCCACACACGAAAGUGUUGCUUUCUAGCUUAAUACUUUUAUCGUUAGCUGUGGCGACCAGCACGAGUGUGCCACGGAUAUACAGCUAAUCGAUGCCUUCGUCCUAGAAAUGCUUCAGUGCCGUGCAUUGUGAGGGAGAGAUUUUUCGUAGCACCAUUUCAACCACCAUUUCAUGUAUGUGAUAAUAUCAGCCGGGCGUCGGUUUCACUGGGACGCCCACGUGCCGGAGACAAUGAAUGCUUGUCUACCUAGUGCAUAAAAUAAGUCAUAACAACAAAGUUAACCUAGGUUAGUGUACCGUGGAGGUAUUUGAAUUGAACCACUUUUACCACCACAU